AUGCAGCUCACAACCCUCUUCACCGUCUGCGUGGCUGCCCUGACCACCACCACUGCUGCAAUGCCCCAUCUCUCCGGGGCGUACCACGGUGCCCGCAUCGCUGUCCGUGUCCCUGGCAAUGCAACUUCCCACAAUGCCACUGCAACGGGUACACGGGGCAAAGCUCCCCUGUCGACGGGAUCGUCUCAUAAGAAUCGCGUUAAUGUCAACCGUUGCCAUGAGCUGUGCUCUUUGCAGUCUCAGGCUUGCUCGAUUGCUGUACCGGAUGAUGAUAAGUUCUGCUGGUCUGUUUACUUGCAAUGCACAGAGAAGUGCAACCCUGAGAAUUUCUACAAAUAA